AUCACAUUAAAAAAAAAACAUCGAUGGAUAUCGGCCAUCACUAACGCCGACUACAAAUUACUGAUUGAAUUAAAUAUCUAUUAAUGUUCUUAUAGAAACUAAGUUAAAAACGACAAAAGAAGAAAUUUUUAAGGUAUAAGUGUUAAUGUAGCAUUUCUUAUGAAAACAAAUACUGAUAUUGAAACCAGGUUUCAUAAUUGCUCACAUCUCAAAUGUAUAUCGUAUGGUACAUCCACGAAAUUCCCCACACGCACAAUAACCUCUAUUGCGGUUCGCACUAAACAAGAGAUAUUUUUUACAGUAAAAUUUUUUGAUGUCUAACUUUUAUUAAAAGGAAGAAAAAUAGAUAAAACCGAUUUAGUAAUCGUCGAACCAGGAAGUUUUUGUAGUAUCGACAAGAAAAUGUCGUCGUGUUCGCAGCCACGUGUGUUAAAAAAAAAACAUUUUCGUGUAAAGCAUCAAAAAGUAAAACUUUUUCGUGCCAACGAACCGAUUCUGAGCGUUUUUAUGUGGGGCAUUAAUCACACGAUAAAUGAACUAAGUCAUGUUAAUAUUCCUGUGAUGCUUUUGCCAGAUGACUUUCGCGCAUUCUCAAAAAUCAAAGUUGAUAAUCAUCUUUUUAAUAAGGAAAAUAUGCCGUCUCAUUUCAAAGUCAAGGAAUAUUGUCCAUUAGUAUUUCGGAACUUGCGUGAGCGAUUCAGUGUUGAUGAUGUUGAUUAUCGCGAGUCACUAACUCGCUCACAGCCAUUACGUAUUGACUCAUCAGGUAAAUCCGGAGCGCAGUUUUACCAAAGUUAUGACAAAUUUUUUAUAAUAAAGAGCUUGACAUCGGAGGAAAUCGAACGUAUGCAUGCAUUUUUAAAGCAAUAUCACCCAUACAUCGUUGAAAAACAUGGCAAAACCCUUUUACCACAAUAUUUGGGUAUGUAUAGAAUAACGGUUGAAAGCGGUCAACAUUAUUUUGUCGUUAUGAGGAAUAUAUUUAGUUCGCAUUUAACCAUACACAAGAAAUUUGACUUAAAAGGCAGUACCGUUGAUCGUGAGGCAUCUGAAAAGGAGUUAGAAAAGUAUUUACCUACAUACAAAGAUAACGACUUUAUGAAGCAAAAAGUCAAGAUUGAAAUUGGAGAAGCAAAGACAAAAUUGUUGGACACUUUAUCAAGUGAUGUCGAUCUCCUUACAAAGUUGCACAUAAUGGACUACUCGCUCUUAGUCGGCAUACAUGACUGUGUUCGUGCUGAAGAGGAAGCAUUGCAAGGGGAAAACACUCAAGGGACUACACGAAGCGAAAACAGCGAAAGCGAGGAAUGUGAUAGUGGAGAAAGAUGGACUUACAAUACACCACCUGACUCACCGCGCGGCGCACAGUAUAAGGAAGUUGUCUAUGAAGUGGAUAUCUACGCUAUUCCAAGCGUUGAAGAAAGGAGAGAAAUUUAUUUUAUUGCCAUUAUAGAUGUGCUAACGCAAUAUGGUGUAAAAAAACAGGCCGCUAAAGCAGCUAAAACUGUGAAGUAUGGAAGUAAUGUAGAUGGAAUUUCUACCUGUGAUCCCGAACAAUAUGCCAAACGAUUUCUUGACUUCAUGGACAAAGCGAUCGAGUAAUUAUUUGCUUCCUUGACGCGUAUGCUGAUGCCCAUUUUUGAAAAUUAACUGUGAACUGAAACCUUCAACAUAUGCAUACAUACGUCGUGCGAAUUUAGUAUAUAUAUUUAUAUAUAUUUUAUUAAUGGUUAUCGACAAUUUAAUUCUGAUUAACUCUUUAGUUAGAUUUGUUCUUUUCCUUAGAAUAAAUUUUUUUUUUUUAAUGACGCGUGGUAAUCAGUAAUGAUAAGCAUUGACCUCCUAAAAAGAAUGCGAAAUAAUCACUGUUGAUUCGAAAGCCAGUAAUAAAUUCUUAUACCUUCAUCGCAGUUUAAAGAAAUUAUUGCAUUUCAUUGGGCUCAGGUUUGCCCUGGGUGGCGGCUUAAAAUAACCGACGUCUGCUUUAAAUACAACCUUGUUAUAUUCUCAGUUUCAUUUCAUUUCGUCGGUAUUAAUAAUAUUAUAUUUUUAUUAUCUCAAAAUAACUUUAAUGGAGCACCGUCUCUUUAAAUUUAUUUCAUAAAAAAAGUCUAAAUAAAUUAAUUUUACUAUAGAAAACGCUAAUUGCUAUAUAUUCGAGAAAAUUAUAUGAGGUUAAUAUUUUGAUUUUACGUGAACAAUAGUUUUACUGUUCUGAAUUUCAAACCAAAAUUCAAAUCCGUAUCGAGGAGAGGAGGAUAUGCUUGUAACAAAUGUAUCUGCACUAAUUUAAGUGGAUU